AUGCGUGCGAUUGCAUAAUGGAAUUGUUAUGGCAGCAGACCUGAACGAAAGCACACCGUUGGCCGAACCCACUAUUAUGGCAAACAAUGAGGAAGUUCCACAAUGAAUGUUUUCCACGACCACCCUUUCAUUCCCUGAGUCUGAAACGUGUACAGUACGUCCGCACUCAUAUCCGAAGUUCCUUAUCCGCCGUUUUGUAACCCUUCCGAAACUUUGACGGGCCCUUUGAACAGUUCGUCAGGUGUGUAUGCAAACAAAGCCCUGGUCCUUCGUGAUGCAAAACCCAUGGGAUCAUUCUGGAGCGCUUCCUUCGAGUAAAGCAAGACCGACAUAUGUUGUGUUCUGGCUUCGAAAUCGUCACCGACAUCUCCGGGUGGCCAAUGUGGCCUGUGUUGGAAAGUCACAAAAGGAAGGGCUUCAUACAAUCCGCACUUCUUCCGAUCGCGAUCGUACAGCUUCUAUAUCUACUCGUCUCCGCUUGGAAUGAAGUGGUUACCUACAGUAACUCUCCAUCACAACGCGGGCGCUGUUAAGUCAACAGUAGAACACGCGCGAUAUGGGCAGGACCUGUCAGUCGCCCAUCUGCAAUCGGUCUUCCCACCGUCCCCGUUCCCUUUCCAACAACUCCAACUUCGUGCAGUCCCACCAACCAGUUCCAUGAUGUCCACCGACGCAGAUGGAAACCCAAAACUGGCCGGGUGUGAAGCCCUCUGCACGGAUAUUCUCUCUCGUAUCUCGGAGCACGCACAUGUGACGGUUCUGGACGGACCUAUCGAAGAUGUGCUCGUUAUCGAGAAAACGACAACUUGCGCGCACGUCUACAUGACUCAACGCAUAUCACCCUCCGUCCUCGCAGACGCUUACUUCCGGCGUGUCAAACCGGCAACCGUCACCACUCAGUCAAGCAAGACGCAAGAUCCACCGGCGAUGCCCGGUAAACGAGCAAUGAAGCGCGGCGACUACCAUGUGCCUCACACCGGAACCGGGGCCAAAGCCCUUUACGCUCACCUUGUCGAUCCGCCGGGAGUGGUCUCACUUCGGGCGCGCGGAGGUUCACAGGCCAUGCGCUUAGAGGAAUACUUUCACUCCAUCAUUAACCACCCCGCGAUGUUUACGGCAAAGGAGGAGAAAAUCGUCCUUGUGCGAGACUUUCCGAUGAUCGAACCCGAACUCAAAGCGAAGGACGGUAAGCCUGCUCCUGACGCCAAAGAAGCACACCAAAAGACGUUUUUCGACACAACUUUUCCGAUAUACGUCCCAUGCAUGGGUAGCGUAGACGUCGCGGCAUGUGGCCAGUAUAGGCAACAUGUGCUUUGGGCGUAUCGGCUCGUGCCGAUUCGAAAUUCGACAGGUACACCCAAGAAGAACUGCAAGUUCGCGGUGGAAAGAGUGCCGAAGGAAAUUACGGCUAUGGCGUUCGCGAGUUUGGGAAAGUGGGAGUUUGAAAAGUUUGAGUGAUGCGCUGGGACGGGAAAGGUCUCUGAAACAUCUCUGAAACAACAUGGUCUUCGAAGAACGGCGUAACCUUGUCAUGCGCAUCAUGCGUGGAGUAUGGGUGUCCAUAGGGGGAAGACAAACUCGAAUUUGUAACAACUGUAUAUGUAACGUCUCUUCUUCCCGGGUAGCUUGCGUCUGACGACACGCAUGAAUAUCAUCGCAUACGACGGCGCACUGACAGUGUCAAUGAGUCACAGUGUCGAUUUCGGAGGAGGUCGCGCACGAGCGC